AACAUCGCAUUAUUAUUAGUUUAAGAUAUCGUGACGGCUUUCGGAACGUAGGGAGCCUCCUACAUAUAAAUAUCUUACGCGCCCUUUUCAUUUUUCUAUGCAUUUCUCUCUGCGAAUUGCAAGGAAGAUUACACGCGGAGCAAAAAGCAAUGUCACUCCUGCAAAACACCCACCAAAUUCGACCGUUAAUUCCCUAUCCAGUUCAAAAAUUCCCCAACUCUUUCCACCCCAGAUCUCCAAACCUCCAUUUCUCUCCCAAAACAUCUCCAAAACCAAUCCACUUCCACCCAUCGACGCCCAAAUCCCAAUCCGCCCACCACCCCGCCCCGGAAACCAAAACCCAAGACGACGGCAUCCCCGCCGAGGAUGUCAAAAUCCUAGCCAAAUUCAAGUCCAUGCACAACUACAUUCGGGUCCUCGAGGUCUCGAAAAGGGCCGACCACCCUUUUGCCGGCUCAAGACUCCUCCUUCUCGACAACCCCGGAAACAUCCACAGCAUCUCUUUCAUUUUCAAGUCCCUCACCAACACCUACUUCGAUGUCUUCGCCACCUUGCCGCCGAUUAUUCCUCCCGGACCCAUCGGCAUUCUUGGGUUCGGGGCGGGGUCUGCGGCAAGGUCGAUUCUUGAUUUGUACCCAGAAGCUGUGGUUCAUGGGUGGGAGCUUGACCCAUCUGUGAUUGCUGUGGGCAGAGAGUACUUUGGACUCUCAAAGCUUGAGAGGCAAUACACGGAUAGGCUUGUAAUUCAUGUUGGAGAUGCUUUCAAGGCCAGCACGAGAGACGGGUUUUCGGGGAUUUUGGUGGAUUUGUUUAGUAAAGGCAGUUUGGUUCCUGAGUUGCAGGAUUCGAAUACUUGGAAGAUGCUCACAAAGUGUUUGAGAAAAGGCGGCAGAAUAAUGGUCAAUGUAGGAGGUAGCUGUGUGGAGUCUGAGGACUCACUGAGAGAUGGGAAAAUUGUUAUGGAAGAAACUUUGAAGGCUAUGCAUCAGGUUUUUGGCGACAAGCUUUUUGUGUUGAGCCUUGGGAAUCGACAGGAAGAUAGCUCCCUUGCUCUUACGGGUGAUAUGCCGCCUGAUCUUGGAGCUUGGAAGAAGAUGCUGCACCGUUCCUUGGAGGGUUAUGUCGAUAUGUGGACACCAUUUAGCGGCUAAAUUGGUGGUGGGAGGAUUUUUCACAUGUUGAUUGUUGAGUUCGCUUGAAGAUAAUUGGAAGAAAAGGGUAGCUUUGGGUGUCAAAGUCAGAGUGUUAGAAGUAAAGGUUCCCAUACACAGCCUAAGAGCCGCUGUUAAAUCCUUGCCAACAUCUCCCAUUGAAAAUCGACCACAAGGACAUGGUGCUUCUCUGCCGCCUCCGCUUAGGUGAUGACUAUAUAUGCUUAUUUAUUUUGUGGAUGUUAAACAUUCAAUCCAUUCUGUAAGGAAGAUAGUGAUUCAACUUAAUUGUGCCUCAUUCGCAACCUAUUUGGCCUUGGUAUUUUCUAUAUUGUUCUUGAAUAUGUUUUCAAGUAUUUAUAAAAUUCAUUUAUGGUUACAUUUUUCACAAGGAA